ACCGACCAAUCACAUUCCAACAACAACCGCGUGCUUCCACGCGGAAUAGAAAACGAAUGGUGCCACAACGGUCACUUCUCGAUCUCAUACAUAAACCCUAAAUCAAAUCCAAAUCGAAAAACUCUCCCUUUUCAAAUUUCGAACUUCGCGCUCUCUCAUCUUCUUCAUUCCUCUCAGAUCCAAUUUUCACUCACAAAAUUCAAAACAAUGGGUGGCGCUCACAGUCGCGACGGUUAUCUCGACAGUUCCGACGAAGAAAAUGAAAAUGAAGAAACAAAUUACGAAGAUGCAAACGAAGGAAAUUCAUCGGAAAGAAUCAAAACUCCUUCAUCAAUUGAUGAUGUUGAUGCUAAACUCAAAGCCCUUAAGCUUAAAUACUCCUCCAAAAAUCAUAUCCCUCAAAACCCUAACGCCGUUAAGCUUUACCUUCAUAUUGGGGGUAACACUCCCAAUGCUAAAUGGGUCAUUUCUGAGAAAUUGACAUCUUACUCUUUUGUCAAGACUCGUCGUGUUGAUGGAGAUAGUGGUGAUGAUGAGGAGGAUGAUGAGGAGGAGGAUGAAGAUGAAGAUGAAGGUGUUUGGGUUUUGAAAAUUGGUUCUAAAAUUAGGUCAAAAGUUGGUGGUGAUAUGCAAUUGAAAACCCUAGCGGAUCAGCGUCGUGUUGAUUUUGUCGCGAAAGGUGUUUGGGCGUUGAAGUUCUUUACGGAACAGCAUUACAAUGAGUUUUUGGUGCAGUUUCAGAAUUGUACUUUUGAGAAUACGCAUGGAUAUGAAGCUACUGAUGAGAACAAGCUUAAGGUUUAUGGAAAGGAUUUUCUUGGGUGGGCGAAACCGGAAGUGGCUGAUGAUUCGAUGUGGGAGGAUGCUGAUGAUAGCUUUUCGAAGAGUCCUGCUUCUGCCACACCGGUUCGAGCAAGUCAGGAUUUGAAGGAGGAAUUUGAGGAAGCUGCAAAUGGUGGAAUUCAGAGCUUGGCGCUUGGUGCUUUAGAUAACAGUUUCUUGGUUGGUGAAAAUGGGAUUCAGGUAGUGAAGAAUUUUGCACAUGGGAUUCAUGGAAAAGGUGCUUUUGUUAAUUUUGGUGGUGGUUCGUCGUUGUCGCGUUCGAAUUUGGCUCAUUCCACUCCCAAGAAAACACUUCUCAUGAAGGCUGAAACCAGCAUGCUUUUGAUGAGUCCGUUGGGUGAAAAUAAGCUUCAUUCAACAGGUCUGCACCAGUUUGAUAUUGAGACUGGGAAGGUUGUGACAGAAUGGAGAUUUGGUAAGGAUGGUACUGAGAUUACAAUGAAAGAUAUCACCAAUGAUAGUAAAGGUUCUCAAUUGGAUCCAUCGGGUUCGACUUUUCUUGGGUUGGAUGAUAACAGGCUUUGUAGGUGGGAUAUGCGUGACCGUCAUGGAAUAGUUCAGGAUCUUGCUGAUUCUAGAAGUGACAUGAGCACACCUGUGUUGAAUUGGGCACAGGGUCAUCAGUUUUCGAGGGGAACAAACUUUCAAUGCUUUGCUACAACUGGUGAUGGUUCUGUUGUUGUUGGUUCUUUGGAUGGAAAGAUUCGGCUGUAUUCGAUCAACUCUAUGAGGCAGGCGAAAACUGCUUUUCCUGGACUUGGUUCGCCAGUUACUCAUGUCGAUGUAACUUUUGAUGGAAAGUGGAUUGUGGGAACCACAGAUACUUACUUGAUUGUUAUUUGUACUGUCUUUACUGAUAAAGAUGGAAAAACUAAAAAUGGUUUUGCUGGAAGAAUGGGAAAUAGGAUCGCUGCACCAAGAUUGCUCAAGCUCAACCCUCUCGAUUCACAUCUAGCUGGAGUCAAUAACAAAUUCCAUAAUGCUCAGUUUUCGUGGGUGACAGAGAAUGGGAGGCAGGAGCGACAUAUUGUAGCUACAGUGGGGAAAUUCAGCGUGAUAUGGAAUUUUCAACAAGUCAAGGAUGGUUCUCAUGAGUGCUACCAGAGCCAACAGGGUCUAAAGAGCUGCUACUGCUACAAGAUAGUCCUCAGGGACGACUCAAUUGUUGAGAGCCGAUUCAUGCACGACAAGUUUGCAGUCACUGAUUCUCCUGAAGCUCCAUUGGUUAUAGCUACCCCAAUGAAAGUUAGCUCAUUCAGCAUAUCCAACAGGCGAUGAUAAUUCUGGGCACAACCAUAGACCUAAUUGUUCGCUAUUAUUGUAGCUUAAUUAGUGACAUUUCAGAUGUUUCAUUUUAAAACUUUUAAUUGUAUGUAGCAUGUUUAAGGUGUAGUUGAUGGGGGAACUCAAAUCAACUAUGGUUGUCAAAUUGUAUUAGUAUAUUUUGUGUUGUUUUAAGCCAAUGCUGGUUGGUCCAGAAUUCUAUUAUUUUUCUGCUAA